AUGGAGUUAUCACCCAUAAUUGCAGCAGAAAUUCAACAGAUUACGGUAGAGUAUACAGCGGAACACAGUAGAGGCACAAAUACGGCAGAUGCACGAAGACAGGCACGAAGACAGAAGAGUACACAGCGAAACACAACAAAGGCACAAAUACAGCAGAUGCACGAAGGCAGGAAUGACACGAACAUAGUAGAUGCACGAACACUAAAACACGACACAGAAACCUAG